AUGAUUUUGUAUCUUACUGUGUACUAUACUACAUUUUUGUGUCUUGCAAUAUGGGGUAAACCGGAAAAUGAAAUUUCAAUUGGACCUCAUGAAGAAAUUGGUCCGUGCAAUAUUACUGUAUCAUCUUUUGGAACAAACAACUUAUUCCGACAUAGGCUUCCGUUGUACGUCAUAAUCUUAUAUUCAGUUUUUUAUUACAUAGCAAUUGAAAUAGCGUACAGGACAAACAAAACUAAAGUAGGUUUUAUAGUUACUGUAGGAUUAAAUGUAUUUUUGAUUGAUUUACCAUAUGAUAUAAUGGGUAUAAAAUUUGUUCAUUGGACUUGGCAUGAUACAGACCCAAACAUAGAGGACCGAAUGUAUUGGGUACCAUGGACUUCUUAUUAUUUUCAUAUGGUGUUUUCUGCAAAUUUUGUUUUUUGGUUUUUCAUAAUAGGUGUAAACCUUGAUCAAACAUAUACAUCCAGAACAGAGAUCUUAACUUCUCUAAAAGCAAUAUUCCUUAGUACACCCUGCGGAAUAUUAUGCUUUUCUGUACUGUAUCACCCAUUACAUGAUUUGAAUGAUGUCCCAACACAAACAAUAACAGUUUUUUUAAUAUCAUGUUGUCUAUUUUUAAACGCAAACCUAGAAAAAAGUUUCAACGUCCAUCUACUAAGAUUUUGUAUCUUACUGUGUACUAUUCUACAUUUUUGUGUUUUGCAAUAUGGGGUAAACCGGAAAAUGAAAUUUCAAUUGGACCUCAUGAAAAAAUUGGUCCGUGCAAUAUUAUUGUAUCAUCUUUUGGAACAGUAA